ACUGCGUCUUGAGAGACGUCAACGUCAAAAUCUCCUUCGUCCACCAUGGCCGCAAGAAUGAUGGAGCGCGCCCGGCGCAAAUCCAUGUCGCCCGAAGAACGCUACCAGCGCGCCGUCAGCGCGAAGCGAAAGUUCAGGGCACUCGUCAGACUCAUCAUCGCCAACCUGAGCUGGCUGCAGGAGCUCGAGGACGAAAAACUAGGCGAGAACGUGAAGAAGAACAUCCAAGUACUGACGAGGAAGAAGGGCAAGAAGAGCUUGCUCACGUUGAAAGACAAAACGGUGCUGAACAAAGCGGCCGAGGAGCGAACCGAAGCCGAGAAGAACCACCUGAGGAGAAUCAUCGGUAACUUGAAGUGUUUCAGACGAUACCCAAUGGAGGUUAAGAACGAACUGCCCGGAAUCUGCUACUUCAACUUCUUCGGUCCGAACAGGACCAUCGUGCGCCAGAACUACGAAUCGCACAACCUCUACGUCAUCCUGAGCGGCGAGGUCGUGGUGAGUCAAACCUACUACGAUAAACUGCUCAAAGAAACGGUCACGAAAGACGUGCUGUUGAUGGGUCCUGGCAACUACUUCGGGGAGGUUGGUCUAUUGCACAACAUCGCCCGUACGGCCACCGUCACCACCACGGAAGCCACGGAAUUUUUGUACAUUACACGCGAAGACUUCAUCCGAGUUCUGAAAGCGACAGUGGCCAACCAAUGGGCGGAAGUCCAACUGAACAUGUCUUGGUUCAACUAUUUCGACAGUUGGUCCGAAAUCGACAUCCGAGAGAGCUGCAUUCUAGCGAAGAAGAAGAACUUCGAACCGGAUCAGAUCAUUUUGAGUGCCACCGGAGGGCAACUGGACUGCGUCUACUUUCUAACUAAAGGUACCUGUUACUUGAUCGAGCACAUGACGAUCAAAACGUCGUACAAAAAAGGUAUACCGCAUUACACUUUACUUAAAGACGGAGAAGAGGGAGAAGCUCGACCUCCUCUCAAUAUCUACAAGGAAAUCAAAAAGUUGCACAGAAAGGAAGAGUCGCAUUCGGGUUUGGGGGCUUCGAUACGACCUGCCAUAAGCACGUCGCGACCUACUUUGAAUCCUUCCUACAUCACCCCCAGCGUAAGGGUCCAUUUCAUAAAAGUCUGCUACUUUCACAAGCUUGCUUGUUUCAACGUCGGCGAAAGUUUGAAGAACCGCAUCAUCGUUUCGGCCACAGAGAGCGAAUGCUUGCUCCUACCUAGGUACUUUUUGCUAGACAAGAGCAUGAUCACGUUCAAGGCCAUCGGACAAUUUCUGACGAGGUACAUUCCGAGCACCGAACAGAUCUUCAAGUACUUCUUGGAAGACCACCGGUGGACUCUCUACAAGGAGCAACUGGUCGACCGCAUCCUCGAGGUGACGGCGUUCACCGGCAACACCAUCCACAACAUCCCGUAUACGAUAAGGCUAUCCGAGGACUUGGGGGAGAUAUGACCGAACACCAUUUCCUUUUUGCGUUAGCAACAAAUAAACCU